AUGCCUCCCAAAGCUGUGCAAAAGAAGGAGUCUGGCACCAUUGAAUGCUCAACGCCGGUCGAACAAAGAAACAUUUUCACCUGGCCGGAAUGGUGCGAUUCAUCAAUCAACAACGAAAAAUGGGACGGCGGAUCAUCAUCGCCGAGCAAAAAGCCUGAAAAGGGUAAAUCCCCCUCUCCCGCGCUCUUUGACGAUCCAGAAGGGCAACCUGCCCUGCCCGAGUCAUUGGCCGCCAAAUACAGGAGCCAGAUUUCAAUUUGUAGCCAGCUGAGAUUGCCCCCAUCGAUUGUCCAAACAAAUGCCAACUUGACGUUCUCGCCCUUCAUUCGACAUUUAUUGAGCGCUAUCAGGACGGUGCAAGAAUUCACGCAUGAAAGCGAGGGCUUGGAGGAAUUUCGCCCUGGUUAUCUCAUUUAUUCGCUGAAUAAAACUGGUGGAAAGGAGCACAAACCGCUUGUCAAUAAUAAUGGAAAAUAUGCCGUCAAGUUGUAUUUUAUGGGCAAGUUCCGUAAAAUCAUCAUCGACGACAAUAUUCCCUGCGACGAGCAUGGUAUUCCGCUCUUGCCAGUUUCGCAAAAUAUCGCAGAAAUCUGGCCCUUGGUUCUGUCAAAAGCACUUCUGAAAGUUUGCUCAUUUGGACUGUCGCCGCGAAGUUCUGAAAUUCCCGAAUUUCAUCUCGUGACGGCGUUGACGGGCUGGCUGCCAGAGGUGCUGAACGGCUCCUGUGUUAAAACAUGGGAGCUAUUGCAGGAGUAUCUGAACGAAGAACUCCUUGAGCAGGCUGCCCCAGUCGAGGAGGCGAAACCCGCGGCGAAGGAAAAAGAAGGAAAGGGUGACAAAAAAGACAAGAAGAAAAAAGACGAGGGCCCCGCUUUGCCACCAGCAAAAGUCGGUACAUUCUGUCUUGCAGAGAUCGAAUCCCCCGAUGCGCCCAUCCACCCUUGUCAAAUUGUCAAAGUUCGCGAUCGACCGCUUCGGCCGCCAUCGCCGGAUCCAGAAAUCCCCGCCUGGAAACUUAUCAGGCCGAAACAAGACGUCCUUGAAAUGCUCGCCGAAAUCGAAAAGAAACAAAUUCCAAAUCGCUGGUGCAUGAUCCGUUCUCCCUUCAAAACGGAACGCGAUGAAGCGGAGGAAUCAGAAGUUCCCCCGAGCGAGACCCCAUCAAUGCAGAGCGUGGCGAACCACACUGUCGCGAAUCCAAAUGACUGGAUGCGAAUCGAAGACAUCACAAACGACGAAAACUCGCGAAUCUAUCUCUUCCACAUUCCAAAAAGCAACGAGCUCAAAGUCACGGCGCACGAGAAAGUGACCAAUUUUGACGAGUUCUUCGUUGACGAUCAUCACGAGAGCUUCUUCUACGCAGACAUGCCAGAGGAAAACCAGGACAUUAUCGUCUCCUUUCAAGUGUUGAACUCGAAGCUUCCACCAAAACCAUCUUCCGCUUCCGAAAUCAAGGAAGAGGAAAACCAAGGAUCUGAUAACGCCGUGUUUAUUCCAGACGCGGAGUCUAAGCACAAGGAGCAAAUAGAGGCGGCAGUUCUUUCAUCGCUGACAAUCCAAACAUUUAACCCUCGAAAAUACGUCCAGAGCUACGAAAAUAUACUUGUCAACGAGACAUACUGUCAAGGCUCAGUCAGGUUUCGACUUCCGCGCGGCCGCACUCUUCUCCGCUUCAAAACCAAGGCUAAAUUCAUGUCAACUGUGAGCAUCAUCUGCAACGCUGAAAAUGGACCACACGUCAACUAUGGAACCUACAGUGAGCUACUGACGGCUGCUUCUGCUGAUGCUCCCGUCUUGUGGCACAAAUAUGCGAAAUCAAUUCUCGCUGCGACGCAAGCUGUGACAGCUUCUUUUGGACAAGGAGAAGAGUACGUAAAACUUAUCAGAAUCUUGAAGAAACUGAUCGGCAACGAUAAGCUCUGGGAAGCCUACCGCAUUGCAUUCUAUAAAUUCUCCUCGAGCGUUCUGAAAGAGAAAGCAGUUAUGGAAGAUCUUGGGGCACUCAGAAUGCUCUUCCGCGAUUUUCAUCCAAAUCCUGGUCCAGCUGAGUUCUUCAUUGAUCUAGUACCGCCUAUUCCCACUAUCCCUGACGAACCUCCUAAAGCUGGCGCCAAAGGAAAAGGCAAAGGAAAGGCAAAGAUGCAGAGCCCGUUCACGCAAGUCACAACCUCUGUUAAAGCCGCAACUACUCUCAUAAAAACGUGGAGAGGUCAUAUAGCUCGUAUGAACUUUGACGCUCUGAUGGGCCAAAGUCCCGGCGCGAAAAGGCGGCAAGAAAGCGCAUUGAACCGGUUCAAGUUGUUCUUUGAACAGCUCGACGAAAAUGCGCCAAUGAAUCUUCUCUACAAAUUUAUCGAAGAAGCUCGGUUGGCCGGACAGGAGAUAAAACAAAUAGCUGCAGAUAUGGAGAAGAAUUUUAAUACUGUCUGCAUGACCGGCAAGUAUAACUCGUUCGUUGGUGGUAAGACGGUCUUAUUCCGCGACUGCUUUACAAUCGAGGAGCCUACAGAAGUGUUCCCAAUCUUUACCGAGUCCAACGCGGGUUCAAAGCACACGACAACCAUCAGACUCCUUGAUGAGGAAGGAAAACCGAUCGGCAAAAUCCUCCGCCGCGUUCGACCAGUCACGCUGAACCCCGGCAAAUACACGAUAUUUGGCGAUGUUUCGUCAUCAUGUUGCGAGCCAUUCGAGUUUCCAGCAAAUGCCAGCUGGAAACUCCAGAUCGUUUACGAUUUCAAUCGCUCAAUUGACUUGCCGCAGAGGGAGUACAAGACUCAGCUUACAACUAACAAAGGCGCUUAUCUUCCUCCAUCGUCUUCCACCUUCGAGCCUGGUCUUCUCUUCCGCUACAAUAUUGGAAUGGCAGCAAAUACGCCCGCCGCGUAUUUCGUCAAAACAAGCUGCGAAACCGCAAAAAUGAAGCUGAUGAUCAAGGACAAUGGAAAAGAAGUCUUCUGUACUUACGGAACUGGCGAGAUUUUCAUCCCUUCCUGGGAGUCCAAGGUGAAUUCUGUUAUCGAAAACGGACUUGGGAGCAUUUCAAGAACAGCUUCAAGGACGAGCAAUAAAGGCAAGAAAUCAUCAACGAGUGUGAGCGAGGUACAAGACUCUGAGAGUCAAGAGAACAACGCAAAGCUGACGAUUGAAGUUCACUCCAGCAAAGGAUGGAAACUCACUGAAGAACAACAAGAAGCGGUUAAAAUUCUUCGCAAGCGAUACGCGGAAAGCAUCAAAGUGCACGAUUCUUUGGCGAAAAAGACAUCUUCCAAGGCCGUCACAAAUGUAGACAACGAAAUGCCUGAAAACUGCGCUUCCUGGAAGCUGAUGAUGUUCGUCGAUGCAGACAAAGCGGACUCGGUCGAGUUGAAGCUGGACACCUCGAGAAUUGACAAAAUUAAAGCGAUGAAACUCGCGUGGGAGGCAGCAGAUCCAGGGAGAUACGAAAGAGCUGUUGCAACUCGUGAGAAGUAUCUCGAAUCAGUUGGUGGAAAACCGCCAAAACUAAAAGACCUUCUGGCGAAGAUUCCAAAGUCUGUGAUGGAAAAGAACGCCGAGGAAAUGAUGCGAGACUACGAAAAGGAGCGCGAAAGACUCGACAAGUUUUUGGCCGACGAUGAGGAGCGACGACAGCAGUUACUCGAGCAAUACACGCAAGACUACGAAACGCUGGAGGAAGAAGAAGAAGCAAUUUUAGAAGCAAUACAUCACUCACUCCGACCAGCGCGCCUCGAGGCCAGCGUGUAA